GUUUGUAGAACGGUUAAAAGCCAGUUGACGUAUGCUAGCUAGCGUUAGCUGUCAGCCGGGUUCAGUCAUUGUGAAAGGAUGGAGGUGACACGCAAAAACUAUAAAGACUGUUUAAACACGGUGUACAGUGCGAUAGAGGAGGCGGACUUCCUUGCCAUCGAUGGGGAGUUUUCAGGGAUAAGCGACGGCCCUAAUGUCAGUGCACUAACCAACGGACUGGACACACCGGAGGAGCGCUACACGAAGCUUAAAAAGCAUUCCAUGGACUUCCUGCUGUUCCAGUUUGGAUUAUGUACGUUCAAGUACGACCAGACACAGUCAAAGUAUAUCACAAAGCCUUUUAAUUUUUAUGUAUUCCCAAAACCUUUCAACAGAACAUCUCCUGACAUAAAAUUCAUCUGUCAAAGUUCUAGUAUUGACUUUCUGGCCAGUCAAGGGUUUGACUUCAACAAGGUCUUUUGCCAUGGAAUCCCAUACCUAAAUAAAGAGGAAGAAGCCCAGCUGAGAGAGCAGACAGAGGAGAGGAGGAAUCAGCAUGCUAACGGAGUGGGGACACCUUCCUACAUCUCACCAUCUUCCUCCAAAAGCCCGGCACAUGUACCUGAUGAACAUAAAGUCUUCAUCAACAAAGUGGUGGAGAAGGUUGAGGCCCUGUUCACCAACUCCGACAAAACCUUGGACCUGGAGCCAUGCACUGGAUUUCAGAGAAAACUGAUAUACCAGACCUUGAACUGGAAGUUCCCAAAGGGGCUUCAUGUAGAAACCAUGGAAACUGAAAAGAAAGAACGCUAUAUCCAGGUUAGUAAAGUGGAUGAAGAGGAGAGGAAGAGGCGAGAGCAACAGAAACUGGAGAGGGAACAGGAAGAGUUAAAUGAUGCUGUAGGGUUCUCAAGAGUGAUCCAUGCCAUCUCUAAAUCUGGUAAGCUUGUGGUCGGCCACAACAUGCUGUUAGAUGUGAUGCACACCAUCCAUCAGUUCUACUGCCCCCUGCCAGAGGAUCUUCAAGACUUUAAAGAGGUCACAAUGUGCGUCUUUCCAAGACUUCUCGACACAAAGUUAAUGGCUUCAACUCAGCCUUUUAAGGAGCUCAUCACCAACACUUCUCUGGCAGAGCUGGAGAAACAGCUGAAGGAAACCCCAUUCAAAUCUCCACGAGUCGAAACGGCCGAAGGCUUCCCCAGCUACGACACAGCCCAGGAACAGCUCCACGAGGCCGGCUACGACGCUUACAUCACUGGCCUGUGUUUCAUCUCCAUGGCCAACUACCUGGGCUCUUUCUUGACUCCACCGAAAGCAUACAUCUCUGCUCGCUCCAAACUUAUAGAGCCUUUCUUCAACAAGCUCUUCCUGAUGCGGAUAAUAGAUAUUCCCUACCUCAACAUCACAGGACCAGACUUGCAGCCUAAAAGGGAUCACGUCCUCUAUGUCACCUUUCCAAAAGAGUGGAAGACCAGUGACCUCUACCAGCUCUUUAGCGCCUUUGGUAACAUCCAGGUUUCUUGGAUAGACGACACAUCAGCGUUUGUGUCCCUGAGUCAGACCGACCAGGUGCAGAUCGCUAUGAACACCAGCCGGUACGCAGAGAGCUACAGGAUCCAGACGUAUGCAGAGUACGUGCAGGGCAAGCAGCAGGAUAAGGAGAAACUGGGCCAACCUGCCAAGUCCUGGGGCGAGGGCAGCUGGGUGAAACCUCACUACGCCGCCGCCGGCUUUGGAUAUUCCAGGGGAAUAAGGAAACGCAGCAUCAGUCCCGUUCAGGCGGAGCAGGGCGGCACAGAGCCUCUAAUCACAGACGGCUGGAGUCACUACUCAUACCCGGAUAGCACCGGCAGCAAGAAGAUGAAAACCGAUGAUAUUAGUGGGCAGGCGAAUACAGACGCGAUUGAGAGCAAGACCUCAGAAGGCUGGCUGAAGACGGCAGAUCAGACCGUAAAUUCAGCAGGGUUAAGUCCAGCCCCUGAUGAGGAAAGUCCUGAGGGCACAGAUCCAUGUAAUGACGCAGAGGGGACGGUCACCUGGCAACAACCUCCAACAGCGCAGGGCAGGAAAGGUCAGAAGAACAAGAAGAAGGCUGAAGGAUCUGAAUCCACCACAUCUCUGUUCGAGGUCCCUGAGGUCUGGUAGCAGGAGUUGAAGCCCCCUCCUCACAAUCUCUUCAAAAGCACUUGGGCCACGCUCGCUCUCAGAUCCUACAGCACUGGGAGCAGCAUGCGCCCCCCAAAAAAGUUCACAGAUUCACUUAAAACGGCUGCGGAUGACGUCUCCAGAGCUAUCAGCCGAGCUGCUUCACUGGACUAUUGAAAGAGAACACAAGCCAUAAGAACAGCUGCCAUAUUCUGAUCUGCACCACAGGAGCAGGAAACUCCUCAGAUCCACACACAACUCACCACUGUAAUGCUGAAACCUAAUCUCUUCCGACUGGAAUCUGCCAGCACAGCCAUGCUGUUACUUUGGAAUCUUUUCUCAGUUUUAACCACACCUCUAUCAGUCUUAUGUUUAGUGAGCGUGAGUUGUGAGUCUGUGCAUGUGAGCAAGAUGUACAUUUGUCUUCUGUAUCCCUGUGAAUCCGUUUUCUUCAGUUGUGACAGAUCAGAAACCACUCAACAGGUCCUGUAGUUUACAAAGUCAGGGUCAUUUAGUAUUUUAAAGCAAAUAGCAAACGUUUUUCCCCUUUUUUAAAAAAAAAAAAAAAUAAUAAUAAUAAUAAUACUCGGUCCUGUCAUCUAUUCCAGUUUUAUCAGAUGAAUGGAAAAGUUAAUCUAUGAUGAUGUGAUAUUUAUUAUUAAUGUCAUUUUGACCCGUCGUGAGAGGUGCUUAUGUUUGCUUUUUGUUUUUUUUGUACAGAAUAGUUUUUCUUCACUCUUUUUUUUUUUUUUUGUGUUUAAUGUUUUGUAACUGUGUCAACAAUCUGCAACAUUGUCAAAGUAUGUUCUAAUGUAAACGUUAAAGACGACGUAUACAUUUUUGUAUCAGAUAAAGUUUAAAAAUUCUUAAAUAUUUCCUUGGAAGAGGAAAAAAAUUAAAGAAUGUUUCUUAGUA